AUGGCGCCCGCUGAACCCACUUACGACGUCCUGAUCAUCGGCGCAGGUCUUUCGGGCAUCUGCAGCCUUUACAACAUCCGCAAACGCUUCCCCUCGUGGACUGUCAAAGUCAUCGAAGCUGGCGAUGACGUCGGCGGAACUUGGUAUUGGAACCGGUAUCCCGGUGCAAGAUUCGAUUCCGAAUCCGUUUCCUAUCAAUUCUCGUGGGACAAAGAGAUGCUUGACGAGUGGCAUUGGAAAGAAACCUUCGCGCCGCAACCCGAGACAUUGAAAUAUAUCGAGCGAGUUUGCGACAAACACAAUCUCCGUGACGCCAUGCAAUUCAACACACGAAUCAAGUCUGCCACUUGGAACAACAGCGAACGCACUUGGAGAUUUGUGGAUGAAAGCGGGGUUGGAUAUCAGACUAGAUUCUUCAUUAGCUGUUUGGGUGUCUUGUCCUCGCCUACACUGCCCGCCAUUCCCAACAUCGAGAAUUUCAAGGGCCAGCUAUUCCACACAUCGCGCUGGCCAAAUGCGAAAGACUUCGAUAUGAGCCGAGACUUUGCGGACAAGCGAGUCGGUGUUAUCGGAACCGGCGCUACAGGGAUUCAAACUAUCACUGAGCUUUCCAAGGAGCCAAGUCUCAAGUCACUUCAUGUCUUCCAGCGCACUGCUAAUUGGUCCGCUCCUCUCCGCAACACAAAGAUCACUCCUUCGCAGAUGGAUGAAAUCAGAAAGAAUUACGACGCAAUUUUUAAACAAUGUGCUGAGACUCCUUCGUGCUUCUUACACAAAGCCGAUCCCCGCAAAUCAUCGGAAACCUCCCCGGAGGACCGCCUUGCCCUAUGGGAAAAGCUGUACUCCGAGCCUGGAUUUGGCAAGUGGCUCGGCACGUUCUGCGAUACAUACACCGAUCGUGAAGCCAAUAAGCUAUACUCCGACUUCAUGGCUGAAAAGAUUCGGGCCCGAUUGGUUGACCCAAAAAUGGCCGAACUUCUUAUUCCAAAAGACCAUGGCUUCGGACUUCGACGUGUACCCCUUGAGAGUGGUUACUUUGAGGUUUACAACAACCCUAACGUUAACUUGGUGAACCUACGCGAAACGCCCUUUGAGAGAGCCACAGAAAAGGGUCUUAUCACCUCUGAGGGCAAGGAACACGAAUUGGAUGUUUUGAUCUGUGCCACCGGUUUUAACGCCAUCACUGGUGCAUUCAGUGACAUUGACUGGACCGGCAAGGACAAUAGACCACUCAUUCCUACUCCCCGCCUCCCAGAACAAGAGAGAAAACGCGCCGUCUGGGUUGACCAGAAACCUCGGACAUAUCUCGGUAUUAUGGCCCAGUCGAUGCCUAACAUGUUCAUGGUUCUUGGGCCACACCAGCCUUUUGGAAAUAUCCCGAGAAGCAUCGAGCAUGCAGUUGAGGUUGUCAUGGAGAUGUUGAAGUUCUGCCAUGAUAAUGAUUAUUCCUACAUCGAACCCACCCAAAAAGCAGUUGAUGAAUGGACUGAUCACGUUGUCAGCUGCAGUGAGGGUUCUCUUAUCAAUGAAGUGGAUAGUUGGCUCACCGGCGUCAACACGAACGUGGAUGGGAAGAAGGAGAGAAUUGUGGCGAGAUACACAGGUAGUGCGGUGGAGUGGCGCAAGAAGUGCAAGGAAUCCGGGCUUGAAGGUUGGAAGGGCAUGAGUCUGGCCUGA